AGGCUUUCGCCUCCUUUCGUGACGUCGUCUCUUUAAAGUUGACAAUCAUCAUAGUAUUAAUACUCGCUUGAAACUAUGCCAGAGCACCAAAUAAAAACAGCUGCAGCUCCCUUCGACAACGCUUCUGCGACUGUAGUCCUGCGAACUUGCGACAAUGUCGACUUUCACGUCUUUAGAGAAAUCCUCCUCGUUGCAUCCCCUGUCUUCGCUACCAUCUUCUCCCUACCUAGCCCAAACUCAGACAAUGACGCUGACUCAAAGGAUGGAGUCCCUGUCAUUCCUAUAUCUGAGGACCAGGAGACGAUGGACUACAUCCUACGUCUUUGCUAUCCUUUGCCUGGUCCCCCCAAGCUCACCUCCGUCUCGGUCGCAGAGAAAGUCUUUGAAGCCGCUAUGAAGUAUGAAAUACAGAAGGUGCUAGGUAUAGUUGAAAAUGAGGUAACAUCUCUGGGAAGUGCAGACCCAUUACGCUUGUAUUCCUUCUCAUGUAGGAUUUUUCUGGAGCGCGGAGCACAACGAGCGGCUGAGCUGCUACGCGAAAAGUAUCGACCCAGUGACAAAUGUCCCGGAUGUACCACAUACUCCUCCGGGAAAAAAACAUGUAGAGGAGAUCAUCCAGUUACUGAUGGGCACUUCUGUACGCUGGCCGAGACAUUCUACGCCAAAUGCCCCAGUGACUUGUCGGCUGGUUGUCUUUUUCGCUUAAUCCGAUUCAUAUGCUUUGGUACGGCAUCCUCGUUCUACAAGCCAGAUGAAUCGGACUUUCCAGACGUGAUGAAGCCAAAGUCCUUAAAGAAGACGUCCAGCCAUAGUUCAUAUCCCGACGCGACGCUAUUGGAACAUCAUCCUCCCGACAUCAUCUUGCGCUCAUCGGACAUGGUCGAUUUCCCCGCUCAUAAACUCGUGUUACGUGUGGCAUCCGCUUACGAUAUCGUUGAUCGCUGCGUAGCAGGAGGCCCUCUUUCCUCAGAUGGGAUUCCAAUCGUUGAUCUCGCUGAGAGUAGCAUCAUUGUCGGGGCACUUCUCGAACGCUGCUACGCUGGUGGGGAGGUCAGCACGCGUGCUGUUGACACUAAUAAAGAAACCCAGGUUUGGCGUGCAGCGAGGAAAUACAAGAUGAGGCGGCUUGCAGAAGCGGUGAAGAGUCAACUUCUGUCGCGAAUACGCACCUCUCCACUCAAGACGUAUUUCACAGCGGUCUCGUGUCAUUGGCAGAUAGAAGCUGAGGAAGCAGCUCGUGAUAUCGCUUCGCAAGAAAUAUGCUUAUCCACAAGCUAUGUCACCGAGAUGGACGGCAUGGGAACUCUUGAUGCCUAUCGGAAACUUCUCCGAUUCUGCCAUAAAGUCUCUCACUCACAGUACCAAGUUUUACAGGCAUUGUCUCCUGACAUGCCGAAAUCGGAACAAGGAGACUCAUGGUAUGAUCCAGCGUUCUCUCGCCCCUCCAAGAUCCCAGUAGGGAUCAUCCUCCGCCUACUGAAGGAUCUGGGACAAAGUAGCUAUCAUUCAAAAUUUGUCAGGCAGGAGUAUGACACCAAUCCCAUGGCGUUCGGCAGAGAGCUGUUCUCAAGGUACACACCGGUAGAACAGCAACUUUUGGACGGGUUGUCCAAGGUCAUUAAUUUUCAAGUUAUGUGCUAUUUUCUUAUCCUGACGGAAUCAUCCAGAUUACCUUGGAAUUAUGAGCACAAUUUGUAGAUGUACGCUCGAGGUCUGCGCAUAAUGUUUUGCUAUAUUUGUCAUGACUCGGACGACUGCUCUUCGGACUCAGAAGAUAGUAACUAUGAUAAUAUGUUGAACCGUUUGUUUUUGGCCCUCGUAGAAACUCGUUCUGGAAAUGGACCCGAUACAAGCACUUUUCGCUA